AUGCUCGCCACUCACUGGCUACCAGCCGCCCGGCUGAACAUGAACCAAGCGCGAAAGUUCUCCCUGCUUUCCACCCAUGCUUCAUUUCCCGCGACGAUGUACCGGUACCAGCUGGACCGCAGGGCCACACUAUACGAUGUGACCCAAGACGAGACCCGCCACAGGAAGGAUGCAGUCAAUGUGUCUAAGGAUGGCCUAGUGCACGCCGCGAUCUCGAAGUCAAGCCCUUACUCCAAUGGGCCGAUCUUCAUGCCCAAUUCCCGUCUUAUGCAGCAAAUGCUGCGCUUUGACUUCGAACGGUACCAGGAAGAGAUCGCCGACGGCAAGUGUCUCAUGGAUCCCACUGUUAUCUGUGUUCCGCGGGGUACUCCUAUCCCACCGGCCCUGAUACUGUGGCGAGAGGGCGUGUCUCGCUUUUCUCUGCAGCCUUCAAGUCCCAUGGAAAUCGAAAAGCUGAACGAUGUGCUCAGCGAAUUCUAUGAGAAAUCUGCGACAGUUGUCGGUGCAGAGGAAUGGAUUGAGAAGCAUCCAUACCGGGAGAGUUUUGCUGACGAGAACGAGAAAGGAUGGAUGGAGGCGUAA